UAUCAGUUCAACCCCGAUCUUUUUAAUGUGGAUGCCGUUAAGCUGAUUCUGCUGAAGGCAAUCACGAAUCUCCCUUUUACAGAUCUCACGCUUUGCAAAUAUCUUAUUCACACAGAUAGGGUGAUUUUAUCCUGCCAGCUUAAGGAAGAACCCUUAAGCACGAUUAUCGACUUGGGGACCCUUCUCGAAACUUGUCAGUUUCAUAAAUUCUGGGAAACGUAUCAUGAGAAUAGGGACGUUGUCGGAAACAUCUCAGAUUGGAUGACCUCCGUGAGGAGUUUCAUUGCUUACGUGGUUGAUGCCACCUACCAGCGGAUCUCGAAGCCACUUUUGAUGUCUCUGCUUGACAUCAACUCCGAUGAGGAACUAAAGUCCAUUCUGGAAGCUCGUCGGUGGAAACUACUUCCGAAGGAUGAUGCGGACGAUAAACAGUGGAUCUUUAUCAACAAUCACAAGGCCUUUGUAAAGUCAACCAAUAUCAAAGAGAAGGUUACAUUCGAUGCAAUGGCGAAGAGUGCAAAUGCCUUCAAGCCGUCUGUUGGUGGAUUCUUUAUACAAGCACCCAGCAGUUUGCAUCCCGAUGUCUAA